AUGUCCACCAUCCAGAGAUCGCUGGCCUGGGCCGAAGUUGCGCCUGGAAUCUGGCACCGAGAUAUCGAUGAGGUCGAGACAUUUUGGGCCCAGGCGGCCAGGGCUCACGACACACAGGGAAGGAGACCGGUUGCCAUAACUGGGACACGCCUCGCUGCAAUUAACCAGAUGCCUUCAAGCUUGCACAGGGAUCUAAGCAGCUCUUAA